GGCUUUGCGGUGCCCACUGUCACAGCCAACUGGAAGGGGAAAUGCGGCUGAGUCCCCAGGCAGAAUAAACGCAGAAUAGAUCCAGAGGGAGGGCAGGUGGCUUCUAACAUUUUGUUGAACUUGAAAAUAUUGGACGUCCCAAUAAGGUCUCUACCAAGUGACGGGAGAUCUUCUCAAUGCCCACUAAUGUCACAUCAGUAGAUUGAGAUGGACUGGGACCCCUCUGCUGCGAUGCAGGUUGGAAUGCGUGUAGUGAGGGGCAUAGAUUGGAAAUGGGUCAACCAGGAUAACGGAGAAGGAAGUUUAGGAACGGUGGUGGAAAUCGGCCGACAGGGAAGCCCGACGACACCGGAUAAGACAGUGGUUGUGCAGUGGGAUCAUGGCACCAGGACUAACUAUCGAACAGGCUUCCAGGGAUCGUAUGACCUGCUGUUGUAUGAUAAUGCUCAAAUAGGCGUCCGCCAUCCUAAUAUCAUCUGUGACUGUUGCAAGAAGCAUGGAAUUCGCGGAAUGCGUUGGAAGUGCAAAGUUUGCUUUGACUAUGACCUGUGCACCCAAUGCUACAUGAACAACAAACACGACUUGUCCCAUGCCUUUGAAAGAUAUGAAACUGCCCACUCUCAGCCUGUCUUAUUGAACCCACGCCAAGGCCUGCCUCGUGUUGUACUGAAAGGUAUCUUACAAGGAGCCAAGGUUGUACGUGGCCCAGACUGGGAAUGGGGUAAUCAGGAUGGUGGGGAAGCAAAAGUUGGCCGAGUUGUUGAUAUUCGUGGAUGGGACGUAGAGACUGGCCGAAGCGUGGCUAGUGUAACAUGGGCAGAUGGAACCACUAAUGUAUACAGAGUUGGGCACAAAGGCAAGGUGGAUCUGAGAUGUAUCACUGACGCUUCUGCGGGCCAUUAUUACAAAGACCACUUGCCCAAGCUUGGUAAACCAGCUGAGAUUCAACGAAAGGAAAACUCAGACAGACAUCCAUUUCAACAUGGGGACAAAGUAAAAUGUCUACUGGACAUUGAAAUUUUGCGGGAAAUGCAAGAGGGGCAUGGAGGGUGGAAUCCCAAAAUGGCAGAGUUUAUAGGUCAAACAGGAACAGUUCACAGAAUCACAGAACGGGGUGAUGUCCGUGUACAAUACAAUAGCGAAACGCGUUGGACUUUUCAUCCAGGGGCGUUAACAAAGCACAACAGCAUUUGGGUUGGUGAUGCUGUGCGUGUGAUGGAUUGCAUGGAUUCAGUUAAGAAGCUCCAAGUUGGUCAUGGGGAGUGGACAGAUGAUAUGGCCCCUGCACUAGGACAAAUCGGCAAGGUGAUCAAAGUGUUUGGGGAUGGAGAUAUGAGGGUAUCGGUCGGCGGUCAGUCUUGGACUUUCAAUCCAGCCUGUCUUGCGGCAUACCAGCGAGAAGGAGACGCUAACUUCAUGACUACUGAAAACAACAAGGAGCCAAAAAGCACGCUGGUUUCCAUUUUUGAGAAACUGCUUGCUCAGAAGACUGAUUGUGAAAGCCCCAGUUCAUUGGUUAUUGAAGCGGCGCACGGCAAUGCAGCCAAAGUGAAGGAGAUGCUACAGAAACAUCCGGACAAGGUGGAUAUACGAAAUCAGGGCAAGACAGCUCUACAGGUGGCAUCCCACUUGGGAUAUAUAGAGGUGGUGAAGAUCUUGCUUCAAGCCAAUGCUAAUAUUGACCUUAAGGAUGAUGAAGGGGACACUGCUCUGCAUUAUGCCGCUUAUGGAAACCAGGCGGCCGUAAUAAGAGUGCUACUGGCAAAAGGAGCCGAUACAGAACUUCUGAACAAUGCCAAGUUCACCGCGCUGUACAUUGCGGUUAACAAGGGAUUCGCCGAAGUAGUUCAAGUUCUCUGUAUUCCAAACUCUACAAUCAAUAUCCAGGACUCACAUGGGGACACGCCGUUACACUGCGCCGUCACAGCAGAUUUCAGAAGCAUCAUUGAAAUCCUCACGGAAGUCCCCAAUAUAGAUUUCACUGUACAGAAUAGUCAAGGAUUCAAUCUUCUACACCACUCUACUCUAAAGGGGAACAUAGUGGCUGUACGUAAGAUUCUGGAGAGAGCCCGGCAACUUGUGGAUUCCAAGAAGGAAGAUGGAUUCACUGCCCUCCACCUUGCAACUCUCAACAACCACCAGGAAGUGGCAGGAGUUUUAAUUAAAGAGGGUCGCUGUGAUGUCAAUCUCAGGAAUAACAGGAACCAGUCUCCUCUUCACUUGGCAGUGACCCAGGGCCAUGUCAACUUAGUGCAUCUGCUGCUGUCAGAAGGAGCCGAUGUGAAUGCCGAAGAUGAGGAUGGCGACACCCCAAUGCACAUUGUCUUUAUGCGUCAGCAUCUUGAGCUUCUGGAAGCCAACCAGGAUGAAGAUGGCUCAUCUCCACUCAGCAAGUUGCAGGCAUCCGGGCUGCUUGGAAACAUAGAAAUGAAUAUAAGUACUGUAAUGGCUUGCUUUCUGGCACAAUCAGGAGCCGAUAUUAACUACGCUAAUCACCGAGGAAAGUCCCCGAUGGACCUGAUCAAAGAUGCAAGGAUAGCGCAUCUGAUUAAAAGCUUCUCCCAGAAAUACAGAGAGCAACAGGUGGAAUCUGACUCCACCACCAUCACCAGUAGUCUACGCCGGGUACACACUACUCCCAACACAAUGACUAACCUCAGCCUAUCCAGCCCUGCCAGUCCAGCAGAGUGCCUAGUAUGCUCAGAAUUGGCAGUCCUCAUUAGCUUCUUUCCUUGCCAACACAGCAUAGUAUGUGAAGAAUGCUCCAAACGAAUGAAGAAAUGCAUUAAGUGUCAAGUAUCAAUAACCAAAAAACUUAGGCAAGAUAGCACAGAAGUUGAUGGUGUUCCUAGUUUAGAAGCAUCUGAUCAGCGCAAGAUCAUGGAAGAUCUUCAAAACCGCUAUCGCCAAAUGGAAGAACGGAUGACUUGUCCAAUCUGUAUUGACAGCCACAUCAAGCUGGUGUUUCAGUGUGGACAUGGGUCGUGCACAGAUUGCAGCACAUCCCUGACUACCUGCCCCAUUUGCAGACAGCUCAUCAAGGAAAGAAUACAGAUAUUUGUCUGAGGAGCAACACAAAGGCCACUGGUGUCCUACCUACAUCAUCUUAGAUCCUAAGACAGAAUACAACAUGCCAAUCUUGGCCAUACAUCCUCUCAAACGAAUUUUGCUCAGAGAGGAAGCCCUGACUUUUGUUCUGAGAAAGUGUGGCUCUGUGUGUUACAGUAAAAACAAAUGACUACAUCUAAUUAUCAUCGCUGGAAGGGCUAAUUCAUAGUUCAGUCUUCCUGAGGACAUCCAUUCACCAGAGGGACAGAUAAUGUCAUUAAGACCAUCCCAUCAUUUAUAACACUAGUGUUAUCACUGGCCAAUCCAAGUAGCAGACAUUUGUAUGUGAAUUUGCACAUAUUUGUUUUUAUUUACGUCUUGUUUUUCACAGCCUUCAAACAGAAUAUGCUGCAUUUACAAAUUAUAUUUAAUUUAUGUAAAUCAGUUUAUCUAUAAUAAACCAUCAUAUAUGGUCAAUCAUCCACUCUCGGCAUUGGACAUGAAGGCAUUUGUGAGCUUCCACCGCUGACCAUAUUCAAAUGCAAAACAAAAUAAAUUUUAUUGGCUUUCAUUUAUGUAGAAAACUUUAUAUCCCUACUUUUAUCAAAGACAUCAUUACACAACAAAGCAUCAGAUAGAAACUAUAUGUCACAGUCAUUCUUCAUAGUAUAUCAAUAGUAUAUACAUUUUGUAUAACACCCACUAUUGGCUCUUUGUGGUGUGAAAAGAUUCACUGGUGAAACUUCUGAAAUCCAUUUACUGUGUCUGGAUGUCUGGAGCAAGCCAAAUAUAACGUGCCUGUUCUAGAUAAUGGGGAUCCAAUAUAGAGUCACAAUGUAGGAGUUAGCAACCACUCAUGUGCAGCCAAGAGAUCCAUCCGCAUAUUUAGUGUAGAUACGUUGAUGACAUAUAGUAUGCUUGUUGCUACAUGUGCACUGCAUUGGGAGACAUUCUAUAUGGAUGGCAGGUUAAAGGACUAUCUCCUAUUUUCCUAUGGAAACUUAUUUUCACAAUCACAAACUGUUUCGUGAUUAGGAAUAGCACUGAAACAAUGGAGAGAUUUUUCUCUGGAGAUGAAGCUCUUUAACUUUAAAAACUGUAUAUUGAAUAUCUCACAAUAUAUAGGGAAUGUAUGCACACGUUGAAAACGAUUUGGUUAAUGUAGUUGCCACAUCUCGGAUUGUUAACCGUCAAAGUGGAUAAUCAGUUUCGGCUUUGCUCAUUUUACUCAAAAUAAUUUGUGAAAUGUGUAAAAAUGCUUCUUAAUGUUCCAUUCAAUUAUUACUGGGCCAUUCCAGUGUUAUUGGACUAUUGCAACAUUUCAUUGUACCUUUCAGCACUCAGGAACAAAUGGAUACAUUUACUAGUUAACAUUGUCUCUGUAGCAAUAUUUAAACUUCUCGAGAAGACAAACAUGACAGUAAAAUUCAAUUUGUGUUUCACAAGUCA